AUGGCAGUUGGAAUUAAUCAGCAUUUUGGAGAAAAGGACAAAAGAGAAAGAAGACUUUAUGUUUUGGGAGAAAAAGAGGGGCAUUAUGGAUGGGGAUUUUAUUGGGUGGUGGAUAACUUAUGGCUAUCUAGAAGUUGGAAGAUUGAACUUCUGAAGUUGCAAAAUAAUGAUACAGUAUUUUUGUUUCUUGAUCAUUCUCAUCAAUCAAAGAAAAGAGGUCUUUCGCUGGAAGAGAAGCGUGAGAAAAUUCUUCAAAUAUUUUACGAUUCUCAAGACUUCUUCCUUGAACUUGAGAAAUUAGGACCAAAGAAAGGUGUGAUUACCCAGUCUAUGAAAGAUGUUGUCCAAAGUCUAGUGGACAAUGAUCUUGUUUCAAAAGACAAGAUAGGAACCUCUGUGUAUUUUUGGAGUCUUCCUAGCUGUGCUGGAAAUCAGCUGAGAAAUGUAACUCGCAAACUUGAAUCCGAUCUUCAUAGUAGUAAGAAGCGGUUUGCAGAACUUGCUGAGCAGUGUGAAUCGUUAAAGAAGGGGCGAGAGGCAUCUGAUGAAAGAGAGGAGGCUUUAAAUGAGUUGAAAUCCAUUCAGCAAAAGCAUACUGAGCUGAAGGAAGAAAUGGAACAAUAUGCGGACAAUGAUCCAGCUGCCUUUGAAGCAAUGAGAAGUGCAAUUGAAGUUGCUCAUUCAGCAGCUAACAGAUGGACGGAGAUACUGACUGGAACAAUGUUGUCUAAUCCGAAGUUAUUAAAGAUGGCCUCUGAAGGCAUGAAGAACUUGAGGCCUGAAGACCUGAAGAAUGCAGCAGAAUAG